GAAACCCCAGUACUGCUUAGCAAGUGACCUACCUCUGAACCUAUAUGAAACAAGUUUUGAGGGCGUGGACUGGAGAUGUGAUGCUGAAUCUUUAUGUUUUGUCAUAUCGCAGUUGCAAGGCCUUUGGGCACACCACUCUGUAAAGACCACAAUGAUCAGACGCAUGCUUUGGGAUCUAGAGACCAGUUAUUUGCAUAUGAAUAGCGCAAAACAGGAUGACACACAACUUUCAAAAGAAGUCCCACUAGUCGACUCCAUAAAACUACAAUACCAGUGCCUGAACCUAGUUCCUGGAGCAAGAACUAAAGUGUAUAGGCCUCUGCUCUCCAGACCAACUUGUGAGAGUUUAGAGACACGAGUGGAACAUUAUGUGAAACGACAGAGGUUGGACCGAGACAUACUACAGAAGAGCUCUUCUUCAAGUUUACAGACUAAUAUUGCAAAUUUAAACAACCCAAAUUGAUUUGAUUGGUUGAACCCAGCUGGUACAUUGUCUUCAGUUGAUUCAAGACGGGAAAACAUACCUGGUGGUCAUUUAUAUGUAGAACCCACACUUGAGACCACCAACCCAUUUUACCUACAACUACCACAGAUUACAAAAAGUGGUUCUUGCAGGUACAUUGCAAUAACUUGGGAUUACUGACAUUCGACUGCUAAAUUUACAUUUUUCAAGACGAGACGAGCAUUA